CGGGCUCUUCCCGCCCAGCGCAGCCGCGCAGCAGCAGCCCGGGCGCGGGAAGGGCGGGCAGGCCGGGGCGGUGUCGGUCCCGGCGGGGUAGGAUGGCGCUGUCGGAGCAGUGCGAGGCCGAGUUCGGCACCGCGGAUCUGUACGGCGUGCUGGGCGUGCGGCGCGGCGCGACCCCGCAGGAGAUCCGCCGCGGCUACCACCGCGUCUCGCUGCGCCUGCACCCCGACCGCGUCCCGCCCGAGCAGAAGGAAGAGGCCACGCGCCGCUUCCAGAUCCUGGGCAAGGUGUACGCCGUGCUGAGCGACGAGAAUCAGCGCGCAGCGUACGAUGAGACGGGCAUGGUGGACGAGGACGCCGAGGCGCUGCAGGACGGGCGGGACUGGCUGGAGUACUGGCACCUGCUCUUCAAGGUCACCGUGAAAGACAUCGAAGACUUCCAGAAUAACUACAAAAACUCUGAGGAAGAGCUGGCUGAUGUAAAGGCAGCGUACAUGAAUUUCAAGGGUGACAUGGAUCGGAUCAUGGAGUCCGUGAUGUGCGUGGACUACACGGAUGAGCCCAGGAUACGGGAAAUGAUCAAGCAAGGCAUCGACUCCGGGGAGCUCCCAUCCUUCAAGGCUUUUGUAAAGGAGUCAAAGCAGAAGAUGAUGUCCAGAAGAAGACGGGCAGAGAAAGAAGCUAAAGAGGCAAAAAAGACUAAAGAUGAACUGGGCCUUAGUGGAGAAAAUGACUUGCAAGCGCUGAUAAAAAGCCGAAGCAGAGUUCGAGAAAAGGAAAUGGAUAAUUUCUUUGCCCAGCUGGAAGCAAAGUAUGGGAACAGUGCUAAGAAAGGAGCAAAGAAGACCUCAGGCAAGAAAAGAAAGGCAGAAGGAACAGUGUAGACUGAAAUACCAGGUUUCAUUUUGUAUGGAAACAUGGAUCUGGGAGAAUUUUGGGUGUUUUCCAGGCUCCUGUUUUGGACUGUGUGCAUUGACUGGCUAUAAGUGAGAGGCAUGACAGAGUAUGCAUGCUGAACAAGACAAGGCAUUUCUGUGCUACUGUCUCAAACCCUUUGGGUGCUCUACAGUUGAGAUCCAUGUGUGCUAUUCACACAUUUCUUCUGUAAAAACCCUGCUAUUUUUAAAGGUCCUUGCACAUCAGCUCAACGGCUCUUUUUCAGAUAUUCCAGUAGUUUUAUAAAGAUAGUUUGGAAAAUUGCGGAUUUAAUAAACAUUCUUGGGUGGGUUUCUUUCAGUUUUGCAUACUAGUUCUCUGUAUGUUUUCUAAAUAAGCUAUUUAAAACAAGCCAGUUGUGUUGAUUCUUCUGAUUUCAGUCAAGUAAAUCCCACACACUUCCAGGGAGGAUCGUUUUUCAAAGGUGUAGGAGUCUCGAGGUGAACACUUUGGGAGCUGAAGGCCCUCACAACUUCAACAACAGCUCCUGGGGGGCAGCCAGAGGUAGAUGGUCUCUGUUCCCUUAUACUUCUCUCAAAAUUAAUCGUGAUUCUGAGAAUGUAGAGCAUAUCACUGUGUUUUGUAACACGGGGCUUGAAGGUUACUUUUAUUACACAAAAUAAAUCUAGGAGCAGUC